UCAAGAAUCGCCUGUAAAAGCCAUUCUUCUUGGUCAAGUCACCCUUACAAGUCCUUCUUGAUCAUGAAGGGGAGUAGGUAAGAUUGUUUCUCCUGGUGUUGAGUCCUGAACAGCUCCAUGACAUGGGACUAGAAAAUGAACGAAAGAUGCUUACCAAAUCAGGAGAAACCAAAGAGGAAGAAGAGGAGGAAGAAUCAGUGGACCCCUUAACAACAGUGAGAGAGCAAUGUGAGCAGUUGGAGAAGUGUGUAAAGGCCCAGGAGCAGCUAGAGCUUUGUGAUAAGUGUGUAUCUUCCUGAUCACAGACAGAAAAGGAUUGAACAGAGGAGCUCUUUGACAUCUUGCAUGCAUUUGACCACUGUGUGGCCCACAAACUCUUUAAUAGGCUGAAGUAGCUGCACAG